GUCAUGUUGGAGUUGAGAAAAAAAAAGUGUUUUGAAGUGGAAAAUAGAGAUGCAAACUACCUACUUUGACUUGACCAUCAAAUUUAUAUACCAUAUUCCGUCGUCCUAAUCGAAACAAGUGCGCGCACAAUCCGUAAGCCCGUCCCUAAAUUUGAGCAGUUCUUGCCUUUUGGAAGCUGUUUAUUAUCUGGGCUGAAUUAGGGAAGAACGCAAAACCCUAAUUUAUCACAAAACCUCGAAUUAUAUGUAAUUCAAUAGAAUUUCAUUUGUUGAAUCAAACGAGACUAAUUGCUGUAUCAAUAAAAGAGAGAAGGUUGCCGAUCAGAAGAUGCGCCGAAAAUGUCGUGGAGAGAGAUUACAAGUAGAGAAAUGGGUCAAUUACGCCCGAGUUCUUUAUCCCGUCGCUUUCGAUCUCGUCGUAUUUCUUCUCUCCAUCUUUCUAACUUUAAAGAGUUCGUUUCUCCUCAUCGUGGUGCCGUCAAUUCUCUCCAGGUUGACUUAACAGAGGGGCGAUAUUUGCUUUCCGCUGCUUCAGAUGCAUCUGCUGCUGUCUUUGAUGUUCAAUGUGCUUCGUUGUAUGAGGCUGGAGGCCUCCUUGCGAGGCAUAAAUGCCUUUUCUCUGUUGAUAAACAGCACCAACAAGGACACAAGUAUGCUAUAUCCUCUGCCACUUGGUAUCCAAUUGAUACCGGGCUGUUUGUGACUGGGAGCUAUGAUCAUCAUGUCAAUGUUUGGGAUACCAAUACUACACAGGUGGUUAUGAAUUUUAAGAUGCCUGGAAAAGUUUACAAGACUGGUAUGUGUCCUAUUGCAACCUCCCAUAUGCUAAUAGCAGUUGGAAGUGAAGAUGUUCAAGUUCGUCUUUGUGACAUUGCUUCAGGGGCAUUUGCUCAUACAUUGUCUGGCCAUCGGGACGGUGUGAUGACAGUUGAAUGGUCCACAUCUAGUGAAUGGAUUUUGAUGACGGGGGGAUGUGAUGGUGCCAUACGUUAUUGGGAUAUUAGACGUGCUGGAUGCUUUCGUGUUUUGGAUCAGUCUAAAUCUCAGCUUGGCAGACGACCUCCACUGUUGGAACGUUCUCUUUUGGAAAAGGCAACAUCAUCCAAGGCAGCGGAGCUGCAUUCAUCUGUAAGGAACAGGGGACAGCAGAAAAAAGUUUCUUUAGGUAAUGGUACAAAACUUUCUGCUGUGUCUAGAUCACCCAUGCAACUAAAGGGAGGACAUGCAAAACAAAGGCGUCAUCCUGGGAUGAUAUCAAGUCAAGAUAAUGCAACUGCUCAUUAUGGUGCUGUCACGAGCUUGAAAGCAACUGAGGAUGGCAUGUACCUUCUCAGUGCAGGUUCUGACUCCAGAUUGAGGUUGUGGGAUAUUGAAUCUGGCUGCAACACACUAGUGAAUUUUGAGACGGUUCGCUUGCAAAACAGUAAAGGAAUACAGUUGGCAGUGUCUCAGGAUUCUUCUCUUGUGUUUGUUCCAUGCAUGUCAUCUGUGAAAGCAUUUGAUCUUUGGACUGGUAACACAUCUCAGACUUUUCGUGGCCACUAUGAAUGUGUCAAUUGUUGCUGGUUGGCUGAACAAAAUCAGGAGUUGUACACAGGUGGAAAUGAUAGGAAGAUACUUGUUUGGUCUCCAGCCGAAUUAUGUGCUGAUGAUGUGGAAAAUACUGGUAUGAAUGGAAAAUUUAUUAGAAGAGAUGAGGAUUAUUGGAGCGAUUAAAGUGAAGCAUCUGCAAGACGCAAUAGCUAAUAGGCAUUCCACUGCACUGUUUUGUUGUCUUUUGGUUUGAGUUAUUUGUUGAGCUUCCAUUGUGUUUUGGACUUUGAAAUCAUAAUCUGAAACUGUAAACAUCUCACAAUUUGUCUACAUGCAUCUUUUUGAUUUUAACAA